UGCAUGACAACACAGCUGGAGGUCAUUUCACGUCUUUGUAGAGGAUAAAAACACGGGUGGCGAGCUGGAGGAGGCGAUGACUGCCUGAACGAGCGGGCGCUGCUGCAGGAGAAGACGUGUAGAGGUGAAGGUGUAGAAGCGGAUAAGAAAAAAAAACAAAAAACAGGUUUGACAAACGGGAUGGUCGACACGGGGGCUCGGAGGAGGGCGAUGGUUUCCUCUGACAGCGCGUACGGAUCAUCAGCAGAGGACGGACUCACUCCAACGUCCAUCAUCUACCCGUAUGAUGAAGACCUGAUACACAAGACGAUCCUGGUCGGGGACAGCGGCGUCGGGAAGACGUCUCUGCUCGUUCAGUUCGAUCAGGGGAAGUUCAUCCCGGGCUCCUUCACCUCCACCGUGGGCAUCGGAUUCACAGUGAGUCCAGACUCCUUCCUGAACGUCACCUGA